UUCAUCUUUACUCUUUUUACAUUUACCGUCUGUCAUUUUUCAACCUGCAACAGUCAGAAAAUGGCCACUCAGGUUAGAGGCAGCGCAGUUGUAACCGCAGUAAUAGUGAUAGGGUUGUGCAUGGCGUUGCAUGGUGGGAUUGCUCAUGCCAAAACCUUCACCGUCGGAGAUGAUGCUGGCUGGACCUUCAACGUCGAGGACUGGCCUAAGGGCAAGACCUUUGCUGCCGAUGAUACAUUGGUGUUCAAAUACAAUAAGGACCAGCACAAUGUGGUAGUGGUAGAUGAAAAUGGUUACAAAACAUGCACAGCCAGCGGCAAAGAAUUCUCGUCGGGAAACGAUGAAAUCAAACUUGCGCGAGGACAAUACUACUUCAUCUGCGGUGUUCCUGGCCACUGCGAUCGUGGCCAAAAGAUAGCAGUCACUGCUAAUUAA